AUGUCUCAUCGAGUUAGCAGUCGUGUAGGAGUAUCCUCAGAAAACGGUGUUAUUAAUCGUUCCUCAUCAUCAUUAAAGUGUCAACAGCCGUCUUGUGCUGUUUGUAACAAAAAAGGUCUAUUACAAAGGUGUUCUAGGUGUAAAAAUAUUUUUUAUUGUUCAAAAGAGCACCAAAAGAUUGAUUGGAAGAAACAUAAAGUCAAUUGUAUUGACGAUUCGUUACCUUCGUCCACAUCUCCCUCAUCACGUUUAUCACCAACAGCAUCGAUAUUUCCAGAUGAUGCUGAUGUUCAUUCUGCUGGUGGUGUUUGUUUAAAUGAUAGAAAUAGCAGAAUCAAAGUGGGACCUUCAUUGAGCUACGAAUCGUCGGAUUGUUUGACAGAUAGUAAAACAUUAGUUAACCUAACUAGUAAUAACAGCAACAGUGAGAUUUUUUCACGAUUUAUACCGCAGAAGACGUCAGCAGUUAAUAUCGAUGAAAAAAGUAAUCAAUGUACUCGGGAAUUAAACAAUACGAAAGGUAUUAAUAUAAUAAACCAAAUCAGUAAAAAUAUUGCACCUGCAAAGAGAAAAUUAAAAUCUAAUGGAAGUUCACCAGACGAUAAAGGAGACACGGAUAGUAAAAGUUUAACGGAAAAUUUAGAGGGAGAGAUAUUAUUAAGUGCGACCGCGAAAUUGAUGAAUCGUAUUCCACCACAAAAGAUUUCAAAUUCUGGUGAAAAAACGGAAGGUGUCAUUUCUGAUACUUCGUUGCAACACGACGCGAUGAAGAAUUUUCCAGAAGUUGUCCUCAGAGGAGACCUCGACGUUAUUUCUCCUUUUGUGUGUAGGGGUAGAAAUAAUGGUGAUAAUAAAACUCUUGAAGACAUUUGUUCAAAUGUUAUUUAUGAUAUGAAUAUGUACGGAGUUUGUGUUGUUGAUGGUUUUCUUGGUCCUGACAGGGGCCUCGCGGUGUUAAAAGAAGUUUUAAAUAUGUACGAUUCUGGAAUGUUUCAAGCCGGUCAAUUAGUGUCUAAUAAAGCUAGUCUUAGAAAUUCACAAUCAAUUAGAGGUGAUAAAAUAUUGUGGAUUGAUGGAAAAGAAAGAGAGUGUAAAAAUAUUGGUAUGCUUAUUUCUCAAGUUGAUGCUAUUAUUGUGAAAGCUAAUAAGAUGCAAAAAAAUGGUACUUUGGGAAAUUAUACUAUCAACGGAAGAACUAAGGCCAUGCUAGCUUGUUAUCCUGGAGACGGUUCUCAUUAUGUUAAGCAUGUAGACAAUCCAAAUAGUGACGGCAGAUGCAUAACUGCUAUUUAUUACCUCAAUAUUAAUUGGAAUACUGUUGAAAAUGGAGGAUUGCUGAGAAUAUUUCCGGAAGGUUGGAAAGAUCAAGUAGCAAAUAUUGAGCCUCUUUUUGAUAGAAUUAUCUUCUUCUGGUCAGAUAGAAGAAAUCCACAUGAAGUUCAGCCGGCGUAUAAAACUAGAUACGCAAUUACGCUUUGGUACUUUGAUGCCGCGGAACGAUCUAGAGCUUGUCAGAAAUAUGAGAAAGAAAAAGAUAAACGAAAUCCUUUAAGUUAA